AUGCUGCAUCGCUUCGCGGCCUUCGCAAGCCUUUGCGGGACGCAGGCUGUGGUCGGCCCGUCGAGCGGUUGUGGCUCGCACCGGCGCUGCACGAGCCUGGAACCAGGUGAAUGGCUGGCGCCAGGAGAGUGGCUCACGAGCCCAAAUGAUCGGUACAUUGCAGUCUUGCAAGCAGACUUUCUCGAAGUCCUCGAGACAGCGAGCUUCAGAACCCGGUGGGCAACUCCAGCUGAAGGAAGAAGAGUUCAAUCGAGCGGUGUUUUGACAGCUGCACAUGUGGCGGAUGGCAGCUUGCUUCUGGAAGCUGGCAUUGAUGGGGGUGGGCCGUGGAUUCAGCACCUUCCGCAUCAAAGGAGCGUCAACAUCCGCUUCACGAUCACUGCCACGCGUGGUGGCGGUGAUGCACGUAUGCCUCAGGGCGUACAGUUGUCAGAGUUUCUGCUCUGGCGUGCAGGCAAGCCAGUCCAGCCAGCUGCAUCCAACGUGAGCUGCACUGCCGGUGUGGGCCCCUCCUACCAAGGACCUCGGAAUGCAGUGGAUGGAAACUUGAGAACCAAGUGGUGGGUGUCAUCGGAGCCCAAUGUCACCCUGGCGAUGGAUUUUUCGCACCUCCCUCGCGAUGGACCCUUCCUUUUUGGCUUUACGACCGGCGAUGACAUGCCCUCACGAGAUCCUGUCCAGUGGCUCCUGGAAGCCUCGCUGGAUGGACAGUCGUGGAUGGAGCUACACCGCCAAGACACAAACUUUGCCACGCCGACGUCGCGGUUUUCAAUGACGCGGCUGUUCGAUGUUACGACGAAAUUUGUAGAGCUGCUGGGCCGAGCCCACGUCGAUGAGAGAAGGAACUCGCCUUCCAACGCAGCUCUGCCGGUGGCCAUGGUGUUGACGGACCUGGGUGCUCUUACACUCAAACAACGCAGCUCCUUCCUCAGCCGCGACCCUGUUUCCAAUGAUUCUCCCGGGAUGGCCAUCUGUUGA